GAGUGAGAGAGAGUGUGUGAGAGAGAAAAGAGAGAGUGUGAGAGAGAGAGAGAGAGAGAGAGAGAGUUUUUCUUUUUUCCCAUUCUUCACACGGCGGGAAAACACACAUUUUGUUUGUGGCCAAAUCCAAUAACGCCCCUCUUUCUUUCUCCCUCCAAAACCCUAACAUUCCCAAAAUUCCCCUUUUUUCAGUUGUUUCAUUCUCUCUAUCCAAUUCUCUCUCUUUCUGCAAUGGCAUUCCUUCCACAACCACGUGAAUCAGCAGAACCCGAAGAUUGCGAAGAAACCAUUGUCACAACCGCAACAGCGGCAACUACAGCAAGAGCAAUAGCAGCAGCAGAAGAAGAUAACGGAACCAUCGACGUUCAUACAACAAGAGGCGCAACCAUAAGGUACCUUCCAUUGGAUCAUCUCUACUCUGCCACGUCACCCUGCAGUGGCUCCUCCAACGUCAUGUCCAAGAAAGUUAAGGCUCGCAAGCUCACACCGCAUUUUCACCAAAACGACGACGUUAGCGCCAAAACGACGAACUGCAACAACAACGGUGGUGAUGAUGCUGACAAUGUUUCUACUGAUAGUUCUGUUGUUGUUGUUCCGCCGAAUGAUGUUGACAGCAAUGAUGAUAAGCCACCGCUAAUUUUUGUUUACUCUCGGCGGCGAAAGAGGGGUGGUUCUGGUUCUACUACUGCGUCGUUUUACAAUUCAUUAUCGGGUCGGGCUGGGAAGGACCCGGCGGAAAGGGUGACUUCGAAGAAGAGGAAGAUUGGGACCACCGAGCUGGAGAAAUUGGGAGUGGAUUUGGGCGCGUUGGGAGUGCUUGACGACGGGCCUAGAUUGAGAGAAUGCCGCAUUAGUAAUAACGAUGGUGGUGGUGGUGGUGGUGGCGGCGUUUCAGUGGAGAAGUUGGUAUCUGAAUCUCGUACAGUGAAGAGAUGGGUUGGGUUGAGUUUUGAUAAUGCUGACCCUGAGGCGUUCAUUGGAUUGCGAUGCAAGGUGUUUUGGCCAAUGGAUAUAAAAUGGUACGCUGGCCAUGUCAAAGGUUAUGAUAUCGAAACUAAGAUACACCAUGUAAAAUAUGAUGAUGGCGAGGAAGAAAAUUUAAUUCUUUCAAAUGAAAAUGUGAAAUUUCAUAUCUCCCGCGAGGAGAUGAAGCGCUUGAAUUUGAAUUAUGGCAAAGUUCGUGACAGUAAUGUCUCUGAUUGUGAUGUUGAAGAGAUGCUUGCGAUGGCUGCAAGUUUGAAUGAUUGUCAACAAUUUGAACCUGGAGACAUCGUAUGGGCUAAGCUAACAGGCCAUGCAAUGUGGCCAGCUGUUGUUCUGGAUGAAUCACUUGCACGCAAGUGCAAGGGUUUGAAUACAUUGGGAGGAAACUCGGUUCCUGUCCAGUUUUUUGGCACCCAUGACUUUGCAAGGGUUAGACUGCAGCAGGUGAAAUCGUUCCUAAGUGGACUUCUUACUGAGCUAUACACAAAGUGCAACAAAACCAGUUUCUUUGACAGUAUGGAAGAGGCAAAGAGGUAUUUAAAUGAACAGAAACUUCCCUCAGAGAUGCUAGCGUUGCAAAAAGGAUGUACAGCUGAUGACUGUAAAAAUGUAACUGGAGAGGAUGGACAGUGUACAGGUUCAGGAGAAGAUUCUUUGAGUGACAAAGAGCCUUCCAUAGCACUGGAAAACAUUAAAUUUCCCUUGGAAGUAGGAGACCUACAAAUUAUAAGCCUUGGGAAAGUAGUUGAAGAUUCUUCAUCUUUCUGUGAUGGAAAAUCCAUCUGGCCUGAAGGGUACACUGCAGUGAGGAAGUUUACUUCAGUCACUGAUGCUAAAGUAUCUGCUGCUUAUAAAAUGGAGGUCCUGAGAGAUCCAGAGUCCAAAGAACGACCUCUAUUUAGAGUGACAGUUGAUGGUGGUGAGCAGUUCAACAAUCAUACACCAUCAGCUUGCUGGAACCAAAUAUACCAAAGGAUAAAUAAAUUAGAAAAGGAUGGUUCUGAAGCUUCUGUUGCGGAAGAUAGGGUAGAAAGCGGAUAUGAAUCUGGGACUGGUAUGUUUGGUUUCUCCAAUCCUGAAGUAGCUAAACUAAUACAGGGAUUAUCCAAAUCCAAAGUUUCUUCAAAGAAAUCAAGUUUGAAGUUAGGUUCCAGAAGAUAUAAUGACCUACCUGUUGGUUAUAGGCCGGUUCAUAUUAAUUGGUUUGAUCUUGAUAAGUGCAAUGUCUGCCACAUGGAUGAGGAAUACGAGACCAAUCUGUUUCUGCAGUGUGACAAAUGCAGGAUGAUGGUACAUGCUAGAUGCUAUGGAGAACUGGAAUCUGUUAAUGGAGUGCUAUGGUUGUGCAACUUAUGUCGAUCGGGUGAUCCUCCACCACCUUGUUGCUUAUGUCCACUAAUAGGAGGGGCAAUGAAGCCUACAACAGAUGGCCGAUGGGCACAUUUGGCUUGUGCUAUGUGGAUACCUGAGACUUGCUUAGCUGAUGUAAAAAAGAUGGAACCUAUUGAUGGUUUGAACAGAAUCAGUAAGGACCGCUGGAAGUUGUUAUGUAGCAUAUGUGGUGUAUCUUAUGGUGCUUGCAUCCAAUGUUCAAACAAUUCUUGCCGAGUAGCAUAUCAUCCACUUUGUGCUCGUGCUGCUGGUCUUUGUGUUGAGCUUGAGAAUGAGGACAGGCUCUAUCUACUUUCUGUUGAUGAUGAUGAAGAGCAGUGCAUUCGACUGCUUUCUUUUUGCAAGAAACAUAGGCAGCCAUCUAAUGAGCAUUCUGUUGCCAAUGAACGUAUUGUUCGAGCUGCGGGUCCAUGUUCUGACUAUGAACCACCACCCAACCCAUCUGGUUGUGCUCGAAGUGAACCAUAUGAUUAUUUUGGCCGGAGAGGACGGAAAGAACCUGAAGUUCUUGCAGCUGCAUCGUCAAAACGUUUGUUUGUUGAGAACCAACCAUACCUAAUAGGUGGGUACUGCCAGCAUGGGUUGUCUAAUGAACUAGAACCUUCUGGCAGAGGAGUCUGCGCCCAAGUACAUAGGCUGAGGACCUCUUUGGGUGAUGAUUCGGGCGACAUACUUUCUAUUUCAGAGAAGUACAAGUACAUGAGGAAAACUUUUCGCAAACGGCUAGCAUUUGGGAAAUCAAGAAUUCAUGGAUUUGGCAUAUUUGCAAAGCAUCCAUAUAAAGGUGGAGACAUGGUGAUUGAAUACACUGGUGAACUUGUUAGGCCUCCCAUAGCUGACCGGAGAGAGCGCUUCAUAUACAAUUCUUUGGUGGGAUUCGGUUUUUGUACCUUCAUGUUGGAUGAAGAACAAAAGAGUCAGAUCUUCAAUUUAUUGCUCACCUAUAUAGUUUCUGUUUCUGUGCAGCCGAAUUGCUAUUCGCGAGUUAUUAAUGCUAAUGGGGAUGAGCAUAUUAUAAUAUUUGCAAAGAGGGACAUUAAACAAUGGGAAGAGCUUACAUAUGAUUAUAGAUUUUUCUCAAUUGAUGAGCGGCUUUCUUGUUACUGUGGUUUCCCAAAAUGCCGAGGUAUAGUUAAUGAUACUGAGGCAGAAGAGCGAGCUACUGCACUGUAUGCACCUCGGAACGAGUUGAUAGAUUGGAGAGGAGAAUGAGGUAAGCAAUUGCGAGUGCUCUUGCAGUGCGACACCUUUGGUCAUUUCUUGUCGAUUGAGGCUCCCAAUAAGACUAUUAGAGUCUUCCCCAUCUUUUCUCUUUCUUCUUUUGUUGCAGAUUUUUAAAGCUUUAUGCACAGAAGUUGUAAGAUCCAUCUGGAUCCUUUUUUGUCCAACAACUUCUGCCAUGGAUUCUACGAGUUUCCUGGACGACAUUGUUGUACAUAUCCCAUUGCUUCAUCGUAACUCUAACUGAGAAGUUUAUGUCAGGCUCGCGAUUGUGGGGUUCCUUUGGUGUUACUGGUUAUAGUAAUUUGGAAAGACACCACCAAACUUGUUACAAAUGCCACAUUUGAAAUUCAUUGCCAGAAUUAAGGCCUCUGUUUAACUUCAACCAACUUGCUGAGAUAUUGUAACUUGCCAUUGGAUAGGUACACAUUUGUAAUUACAUUAAAGCUUCAUACAAAUGAAAUGAAAUUUAGAAUUGGAAUUAUAGCAAAUGCUGAUUGCGAAA